AUGCCACGUACCUGGAUCAGUCCCCACAAGCGAGCGUGGUCUAGCCAGCGUCGCGACCCACAGCGUACAGCAAGCACACCGCAAUUAUCACAUCGCGAAGCACUUCACCGCAACUAUGCAUGUGGGGUUUUGGGAGACACGUAUUCCGUUGUUGAGUAG